AUGAACUCGAACGCUCUUGAGCAACCGCAGGUCUCACCGGGCGAUGACGGCGCUGGAGGGAAUAACUACGGAACUCCAGAAUAUUCCGCGAAAGAGCCCUCGAAUACCGGUAGCGAUGACUCCUCCGCGCGCUUGGAAGAAAGGCCUCCACCCCUCCCCCCGCGUCCGAACACCUUGAGCUUAUUAGAUGAAGGGUUCAUUUCAUCUCGGUCAACCCGGCAGUCAUCAUCAGCUAGUUUGCAGGCCAAGGCUACAACAGCCGUAUCGAUACCGGAUAUUAGCCUUUUGCAAUUAAACGAUGGCGGAAAAGAAAACCACCCUACCCGUGGUCCUUUUGGGGCACUAAGAGCCAAGGCAAGCCUCACUCAGCUUACAGCCUCGAGAGGCAGUGAUGCGGGGGAUUCUGCGAGUAUUAGAAGCACGGCACCCAACACAGAGCUCGGUGAGGCGGAAAACGUUUUCAGCGACUUCCUUGCACAGGAGUCCGGAGACUUUCAGCAGGACAGCAGCGGACUUCUUCAAUUCCCUGAGUUUCGGGCCGAUGAUGUCGAAGACGAUUUUACUAGUGAAUUUGAGCCAAUUGGGGAGCUGGAUGAUGAAGGCAGGAAUGAAGAGCUGCUCCUUGAGAAAUGGAAGUCUAAAAGAAAACACUAUCUCAUCCUGUCUGCUGCUGGGAAACCCAUUUGGACCAGACAUGGUGAUGGCGGACUGAUCUCGGGCUACAUAGGUGUCAUUCAGACGAUCAUAUCGUUUUACGAAGAUGCGAAUGAUCGUUUGAGCAGUUUUUGCGCCGGGAAUACGAAGUUCGUGAUUGUUACCAAGGGUCCAUUAUAUUUGGUAGCCAUUAGUCGACUCUUGGAGAGCGAUACGCAGCUGAAAUUACAGCUAGAAGCCUUGUACAUGCAAAUUUUGUCUACCCUAACACUGCCCUCGUUGACACAUCUCUUCUCUGUUCGACCGUCUACCGAUCUCAAAAGGCCGUUGCAAGGGUCUGAGACGUUACUGUCUACUCUGGCAGACAGCUUCACAAAGGGAUCACCGUCCACUUUCCUUUCCGCAUUGGAAUGCUUGAAAAUCCGCAAGUCACAUCGACAAGCGAUCAACAAUGCGCUUUUAAAAACCAAGGUCAGCAGCCUACUGUAUGGUCUGGUGGUUGCCGGGGGUAGAUUAGUCAGUGUCGUGAGACCCAAAAAACAUUCGCUGCAUCCUGGUGACUUACAACUUCUCUUCAACAUGAUCUUUGAAGCAGAAGGCAUCAAAGCAGGAGGUGGGGAGAGCUGGAUCCCAGUCUGUUUACCGGGAUUCAACAGCAGCGGUUAUCUAUAUAUGUAUGUCAGUUUCCUUGAUCUCCGCGAAAACUCAGGCAAUACUGCCAGCGAGACGACGACAACAGAGCAGUCGGUGGCGAUCAUCCUGAUUAGCCCGAAUAAGGAGGGGUUUUUUGAGAUGCAGGAGAUGCGAAAUUCACUUGUCGAGCAACUGGAGAAGAAUAAUAGUAUCAACAUCAUCAAAGAAGCUAUCGAUGGAGGUCGUCCGACUACUACUGAUAUUGUUCCCGGGACCGUCUUGCAUCAUUUCUUGUAUAAGUCUCGGGCAAACGUCCAAUUCACCAUGUCCUCUUACGACCCUGAGUUCACAUCGAUUUCUCGGCGUCGAAGUUUGGGUGCUUCUUCUUCAGAUUGA